CGCAUCAAUAACCCCUCUCCCUCCACACGACGGCGCCGUCGCUCCCCUCCCGUCGCACCUCCACACGACGGCGCCGCCUCUCCACUCCGUCUCGCGCCUCCACGCAACGGUGCCGCCCCUCCAGUCCGCCUCGCGCCUCCACGCAACGGCGCCGCCCCUCCUCUCCGCCUUUGCCUUCGCUGGAUCUGGCGAGCCGCGUGUCCUCCGUCUCCACCUCUUCGCCGUCGUCGUCCACCAUCGAGGUCGAGUUCGUCACCCGCAGCAUCCACGUCGAGUACAAGGUCGUCAAGGCCCAGAUCUGGGAUACCGCCGGCCAGGAAAGGGAGCAACAAUUGUGGAUUAAGUUGUAAACAUAACCCCAGCUCAAGAUUACAUCUACAUCCCUGUUACUGAACAGGAUGAGCUUUGACCAUUGGCGCUCCUAUCAUGACCCUGAGGAGUAUCGCCUCAAAAACCAUGAGGAGUACCCAGAGCCUCCACCGAAGACAAUGAGGAAGAAGCGGAAUUGCUACCAGAUUAACCCCACGCUUGUGGAACCUCCGGUGAUUGGAUGGGGAGUUGAACGCUGUUUAAACCUCCGUUUGCGUGAUUCGUAUCAAAGCAUUAUUUGGAUGGCUAAUGAAGUAUAUUAUUAUCAGCACGUUUUGACGCUUGAUGAUUCUGCUAGAGCAGCUGAAGGAGUUGCUAAAACUGAUGUCGAGAUAAACGAACACAUCAAUGAUAUUAUAAAGCAAGCGAGAGUGGAGAGAGAUGGAAACCUUGGAUGUCGUGCAUGUUGUGACCAGGUUGUAAGGGCUGGUGGCAAGCCGAUACUGUUGCCAAAUGCUAUUGAAAAUGCUUUGACCGAGAUGUUGGGACACCCCCCACCUCUUCCUGACUCCCCUGUGACAGUUCCGAUAUGGGGAGUUUCACGGACGUCUAAUACCAUUAGAAUCACAAAUCAGCACCUUAGAUAUCCAGCUCGAUAUCUUGAAGAGAAUCAUUUGAACCGAACACUACAAAAGGUGUACAAGUGUAUGGCCAUAAUGGUGAAUGAAAUUUGGGACAGAGAGAAUCGAGAAGAUCAUGGGCCCCCCACUGUGGUUGUUGAGACUAAUGCCCUGCGCCUCAAGUUACGGAAGAUGAAGGUUGUAGCGGACAAGAUUAUCUUGAGGAUCAGCCAGAGCAAUGAGGAACAUUUUCCGAUGCCUAAUAUAUUGUCUGCUGCUGUUUCAAACCUUACAGAAAAAAUUCUGGAAUGAAAUGAGUAGAGGAAACUAACUCCUACGUGAUUUGAGUCAGAAAUUAACAGCUAUCUAAUUUCCUUUAGCCUCUUAAGUUCUGAACUGCUAGUGCUUCGAGUUGUAAUGAAAAAUAUGCUUCGUUACUUCAAUUGUAGUCUAAAUUAUAAUGUAUGUUUGUAUAGCAUCAGAAAUGUAGAAUACAGGUAGUUUGCUAGAAACUUAGACACUGUUAGUUGGACCCUUUUCUUUAUAUAAGAAUUACUUGGACCUUGGUAUCAGUAUGUUUUUGCAAUCGGAAGUUUGUCUGACGUUAUAAGGAAAGAGAGUUCCAUUGAUAUUU